AGGACAGAAUCUGAAACAUUUGCUGGAAUUGUGACUGAAGAAGACUAAAAGUCAGAAACAUCAACAGAAGAUGGAAUAUUCACCAAAAUGUGGAAGAUGACGUGAUGGAUUAAAAUGCCAGAGAACAAUCUUUUCUCCUGCUGGCAACUGAUGACGCAAGUUAGGCUUUUGUGGGAUGACAUGCAGAAAUGGCACCAGCAAGACAACAAACGGAGAGUAUUAUGCUGUCAGACUCCUGCUAAUUUGAGCAUAAAGGACGUACAAUGAGAAAACGGCAGCUUUUAACAGCAUUGACCGUUUGUUACUGUGGAAGCUGCUGAGCAUGCUGGGUAAAGCAGGAGUUUUAACCGGCCAAUGAACACUAUCAGUGACUGAUUGGUCCCAGUGACAGCUGCACGGCUUGGACCAUGCUGGGACAUCUGGCUUGUCAGGGGUGCCGCAGCUAAGCAUGCUGGGACAUUUGAAACAUUACAGCUGUGUGUCAAAGCAGUGAGGAUGAAGAGACGAGGCCAGACCAGAGGCCAGAGGUUUGUUAAGGCAGACUACUAUGAGCUGGACUGGUACUAUGAAGAGUGCACUGAUGUGUUGUGUGCUGAUAGAGUGGGACAGAUGACGAAGACCUACAGCGACAUUGACGCUGUCACUCGACUGCUGGAAGAGAAAGAGCGCGACUUGGAGUUAGCAGCUCGCAUCGGACAGUCGCUGCUGAAGAAAAACAAAGCUCUCAGCGAGAGGAAUGAAAUACUGGAGGAGCAAGUGGAGCACAUACGGGAGGAGGUUUCUCAGCUGCGUCAUGACCUGACCAUGAAAGAUGAGCUCUUGCAGUUUUACACCAGCGCUGCAGAGGAAAGCGAGGGAGAGUCCACCACCUCCACACCUGUGCGUCCCAGUGAGCCAGCAGCGUCAACGCCUACGUUUUUCCCGCUGGACUCGUUACAGAAGAAGCUCAAAGAUCUGGAGGAAGAAAACAAAUCAUUGCGAUCAGAGGCAAGUCAUCUGGAGACAGAAACCAUCUCCUAUGAGGAGAAAGAGCAGCAGCUUGUCAACGACUGUGUCAAAGAACUACGUGAUGCCAACGUGCAGAUUUCCUCUCUGGCGGAGGAGCUGGCCAAGAAGACCGAGGACGCCUCCAGACAGCAGGAAGAGAUCACGCACCUCCUCUCUCAGAUCGUCGACCUCCAGAAGAAGGCCAAGCUUUACGCUGUGGAAAAUGAGGAGCUGACUCAGCACUUAGGCGCAGCCAAAGAUGCCCAGCGGCAGCUGACUGCCGAGUUGCGGGAGCUGCAGGAUAAAUACGCAGAGUGUAUGGAGAUGCUCCACGAAGCUCAGGAGGAGCUGAAGAACCUGAGGAAUAAAACGUUCCCGCUCAGCACGCCGAGGCGUUUCCACUCCCUGGGUCUGUUCCCAAUGGACUCUCUGGCUGCAGAGAUAGAGGGCACCAUGAGGAAGGAGCUUCAAAUGGACGAUCCAGACGUAGAAGAACAGAGACUUCAUCCAAAGCGAGUGUUUCAGACAGUGAAGAACUUGAAUCUGAUGCGCCAGCAGCGCUCCUCCGCCACUCCCUCCCCUCUCAACAUCCCCGGCUCCAACCAGACCUCAUGCUUCACCUCAGGGCGCUCCAGCAGGGUGGGCACGCCGCGCUGCAACUCCAUAUAUGGUAGCGAGACGGGAAGUGGGAUCUUUCUAGACAACAGGACGAGCAGUCUUCUAGAGACUCCUGACGAUGGGUCAGAGGACUCGAACAAACGCCCCCCCGGUACCCCCGGGACCCCGGGCAGCAGGGACCUGGAGGCAGCCCUGCGCCGCCUGUCCCUCCGCCGUGAUAACUACCUCUCAGAGAAGCGCUUCUUCGAGGAGGAGAGAGAGAGGAAGCUGGCUUACUUGGCUAAGGAGGAGGAGAAAAGUGGGGGGGAGAACAGCGGCGGCCCCGGAACCCCCACAGAGAGUCUGCUAUCACUGUGCUCGCAUCCGUCCAUCUGGUCAGGAUACUCCUUCACAGCCAGGUCCUACCUGCCGGAGAAGCUGCAGAUUGUAAAGCCACUAGAAGGGUCCGCAACCCUCCACGCCUGGCAGCAGCUGGCUCAGCCCCACAUGGGCGCCCUGCUGGAUCAUCGGCCCGGUGUGGUCACUAAGGGCUUCCGUACUUUGGAACACGAUCAGGAGCAGGAGGGCAGCUGGCAGCUGGACCAGCCGGAGGAGGACGAAGUGUCGUGUGACUCGUUCACCGGCCUGUCAGAAGACGGUUCUGCCCCUGCGGAUCUGCCCCUCGCUACCUCGACUCCCUCCAUGCGCUGCCUCAAAGCUGACAGCACUGACGACAAUGGCCGGUCUGAAGCACUGAAUGGAGCCUUGUGUGGGGCGAACGGAGUGGCACAAGGACAAGACGGACAUGUUGCGACCACGCCCCUCCCUCUUUUUUGCUCCUCCCCUUCCUCUCCCCCGCCCUCGUCCUCUGAGAUGAACGGCCAUGUGGACCUGAAGGAGCUAGAAGCUUUACAGGCUGGCACUGUGGACCGCGCGCCUGUUUAUUUCCCAGGGAAGUGUAUGUCGCACACCAGCUCCACGUACACCUUCACCACCUGCAGGAUCCUCCACCCUUCAGAUCAGCUGCUCUCCGUGUCCCCGAGCCCAGCUCUGGCUUCUGGUCAGAUUACUUCUUGCAUGGGCACACCCACCCUUGCAGCCUCCCCUAUACCCUUCUCAGCCCCGCCUACUCCUUCCUACACCCCCUGCUGCACUCCGCGCCGCCUCUCCCUCGCCCUCUCCCUGGCAGAGUCCUCCACCAACCUUCGGGACUCCACCAAGACCACCAGCACCUCCCUCGGCCUGGUGCGCCUCCUGCAGGAGCGCGGGAUUUCUGCCUCGGUGUACGACCCCUGCAGCUGGGACCGAGGGUUGGACGCCGGCGGAGCCGCUGCGGUCGCAGGAGGAGUCAAAGCUCAAACGUGCACCGGCAGCCCGGAGGAGGACCGAGUCAGACGGCCCGGCAAGCGGCCGGACAGCCUCCUCCUCCUCCAGCCCUCCACCCCGCCCAGCUCACCUCGGUCCAAAUCUGCCUCUUCAGUCUCUACACGCCCCGUGUUUCAGUUCAGCCCCACCAGUGACGACCCUCCGUAUUACGACGCCUUCCUGGCCUCCAAGCCAGCCCGGACCAUCCUGAGGGAGGUGCUGGGCGAGGCUGAGAGGGAGCGAGGGGAGCAGGCAGACGAUGACGGCCAGAGCGAGAUGGCAAACCUGGGACUGGUGGACAAACUGAAACGCUUCCGCACCCUUUCCCCUUUCACCGGGUCGGUUUCCUCCGGGAACACCCUCCUGGCCCCGUUUGGCUCCUCCGGACUGGGGAACGCCUCUCUGGGCGGGGCGCUUCCGGGACUGAAUGCAGGACUGAGAAGGAAUCGAAGUUAUCCCGCCAUGGUGGGAGCCAGCAUGGCGAUGAAAGACCCAGGAGGCCCAACCAGCACAGAGAUACUCAUACCACACACAAUGCCGACCUCACACACACAACAGGCCGCGCACACACACGACACGGGCAGAUCGCAGACCAGUAACACGCCGGUCACAAAGACCAUCCACAUACCACAGACUCUCCACGCACUGGAGAUGGUUACACCUCACACGAUCGUACAGAGACACGCCAGGCCAAAGGAUGAAUGGCAGGACUCGGCAAGACACGACGACGACGAGGAGAACGGGACGUAGGGGGAUAUUUUCAGCAUUACAACUCGUAGACAACACAAAAUCUGACUCCUUUUCCAGAAAAAUCCUCGGAACAUGACUUGACAUACAGUAUAUCUCUGAAACCAAAUGAAGUGUAUCGAUACAGCUACAAAAUCCAUCCAGAUGAAACAGCGAGACGAAAACACUGCAGCCUGUCCCGCAUCCUUCUCCAGUGUUUUCUCUGCCCAGCGAGGCCCAAUCAAAACGUUCAGGAGAGGCUGAAACUGUUGCACUGUGUUAUGUGCUGUCAGGCCAGACUAACGAUGGCGGAGUAUGUUGCCUUCUUUUGUUUGUGUCUAAUGUGAAUUCAUAUUGUAUAUGCAAAAUACUGUCAUGUGGUAUAAUAUUAAAGGCCCGAUCUGGAGUACCGUACACACUGCAGUCACUCCCCCUCAUGCCACUAAUGACCCAAAAAGCAGAUUGGAUUUCUUUACAGUGUUAAAAAAAAACCCUCUACACAGGUAGACAUACACUGCAAUAAAUGUUUAUUUUAUCUUUAAGAAAUUGCUCUUUCAGUUGAUGCAUCUGUCACACUGCUGGUAGUGUAAACAACACUUUAGUUUUGGGCUUUGCUGAAAAAUCUUUGGCCAUUUCUUUUGUCUUUUAGUGUUUUGUGGACACAGAAUUUGCGCUUUUGUCCAUAAAAUGAACUUGCAUUGCCAAAGAAAGAGACAAACACGAACACCAACCAAAGCUAAGCCAAAAAAAAAACUUCACUGAGAAACACUGCUGUCUUGGAUUCGGGCCAUUAUAAAGUUUUUAUCACCUAAAUUAUAAAUGAUUCUAUGGUAUUGCACUGGAGUAAAUGGAAAGCUAUAACUGAUAGCAAUUUCUUUAGAGAUUUUUCUUCAUAGCAGCAGCCAUCAUUCCCAACUAUAUUUCUGUAAGUCGUUCUCUUAAACAUAAUCCAGAUUGGGGCUUUAAUGUUUCCUCUUGCUGUGACUGAAUGUUCUUAUGUGCCUAAAAACAUACAUAAUGUUAUUCAUUGAAAGAGGGGUUUGCAUUUAUUUUAUUAGAUUACUACUUUAUUUUGUUUGCCUUUAGUUAAAUGUGUGUGCAAUAGACAGUAAAUUAGGAUAACCAUGCAGAUCAGAAACUGUUCAUACAUGAUUGAUUGUUGCUCCUUGUUGUCAUCUCCUGAUCACUUUUAGACUCUUUGGGGGAAAGUGUUGUUCAUAAAUGGUGAUUCGGAGGAGAUCCAGGUAGACAACGCCUUUUUAAAACAGUGUUACCACAAACCUCAAGAUUUUCUUUUGACAUUUAGUUUCCCUACAUUCUUCUUUUCUAUUCAUCUAGUCCAGUAGUUAAAGCCAUCGGCGGCCUGUCCAAAGUAGAUUAGAAAACCAUCACACUUUAUUUUUAAACUAGAGCUGACCCGGUGAAAUGUCCAUGCUUUUAUUUUUUUCAACCACUGUCUGAGAAUGGGUGUGAUGGUCAACAUUUGGUUUUCCUGUAAUGUUUUGACAGAUCAAAGAUCAGAGAGGCUCCACAGCCCUUCUGUUUUUGGAGAGCGCCCCUGAUCCAGUCAUUGUGGGAGGAGUUUGAGGACGAUGACGAAUGUAGGGCGAUUUGAUCUGUGACUAAGGUUUGGUCUUGUGACACACAGUCUGUCAUGAACACCGAGCUUUCUCUA